AAAAAAUUAGAGAAUCAAAUUAACGUUGAAGCCUCCCCUUCAAUUCCCAUCCGAUCUUUCCUCUCUACUUCUCAUUUUACUUUCCUUCUAUUUUCUUCCCCUCUUCUCUUCCUUCAAAAACUAAUUUCAUCUUCCCUUCCACUCCAGAGCACAUUCCCAGAGAGGUCAGGGCCAUGAAACUUCAACCUUCUUUUUCUAUCUAUACUAACCGCUCUGACCCUACAGCAAGCAAAAACAAUCCUACCCAUAAAAUUUUCAUUCUCUCAUAAUUUAAGGAACGAUAAUCGAAUUAAUUUCGAAAAAAAUACAAAAGAAAAAAAAAAGGUUAUAAAGAAGAAGAAAAUAGAGAACAAGAGAUCAGGGGACUAAUAAGGACGGACGGAUCGAUGGGGACGUUGUUGUUUGUGUUGGUGGUAACACUGCUUUGCGGUGUCGUAACUCCGUCGACGGCAGCAGAGGCCCCCGAUGCGAGUCCCGCCGGUCAGGUUACCGAUGAAGAGUACUGGAGCCGGCGAGCUAAGCAGGCUCACGAAAAUGCUCAGGCAGCCUACCACCCUGACCCUGUCCAAGUCGCCGACCAUCUCAACGGCAAAGUACACGAGGCGUUCGCCGAGCAAGACAACAGCACAAGGCGAGGGCUGGGCCAGAAAUCAGGAGGCGGGAAAGGGAGCGCGUGCCAGGCCACCAACCCCAUCGACUGGUGCUGGCGCUGCGACAAGAACUGGGCCAACAACCGCAAGAGGCUGGCCGACUGCGCCAUGGGCUUCGCGCGUGGCACCACGGGCGGCAAAGACGGCGAGUUCUACGUGGUCACCGACCCGUCCGACGCCGACGCGAUCAACCCGAAACCGGGGACCCUCCGCCACGCCGUGAUCCAGAACCGCCCGCUGUGGAUCACGUUCGCCCGGUCCAUGGUCAUCGUCCUGAGCCAGGAGCUGAUGAUCAACUCCAACAAGACCAUCGACGCGCGUGGGGCAAACGUCCACAUCGCCAACGGCGGCCAGCUCACCCUCCAGUUCGUCGACAACGUCAUCAUCCACGGCCUCCACAUCCACGACACCCAGCCCUGCCCCGGCGGGAUGAUCCGGAGCUCCGAGGACCACUUCGGGUUCCGCACCCGCAGCGACGGCGACGGCGUCUCCCUGUUCGGCGCCACCAACAUCUGGAUCGACCACCUAUCGAUGUCCAACUGCGCCGACGGGCUCAUCGACGUGAUCAUGAAGUCCACCGCCGUCACCAUCUCGAACUGCCACUUCACGCGCCACAACGACGUGAUGCUGUUCGGGGCCAGCGACGAGGAGACCCAGGACAAGGUCAUGCAGAUUACUCUGGCGUUCAACCAUUUCGGUCGCGGUUUGGUCCAGCGCAUGCCCAGGUUGCGGUUCGGGUUCGCCCACGUGGUCAACAAUGAUUACACCCACUGGGAGAUGUACGCGGUGGGCGGGAACUCGAACCCGACCAUACUCAGCCAGGGGAACCGGUUCAUCGCCCCGCCCAAUGCGGCUUGCAAAGAGGUGACCAAGAGGGAGUACACCCCGGAGAGCGUUUGGAAGUCGUGGAAUUGGAGAUCGGAGGAGGAUUUGUUGGACAACGGGGCCAUUUUUAUCCAAUCGGGUGGACCAAUUUGUAGGUUGGACCAAAAGACUACCAUCAAGGCUCAGCAUGGCAAGUUUGCGAGUCGGAUGACCCGAAGUGCCGGUGCGCUCGACUGCGCGGUUAACAGGCCCUGUUAAUUAAGAAUAAAUACCUUGUUUUCGAAAGGAAGAAGAGAAAAACAGAGGCCUUUAGUUGACGUAUUAGGGGUUCUUUUUUGUUUUUUUGGAGAGCAGAGGGGAAGUUGAUGUUCCCAGCCCCCAGUUUUCUUGUAGUUAUAUAUGCUAUGUUGUUGAAUCACCA